UAUGGGCUUUGGCUCGGUGUGAGCACCUCGCCUCGUGGGCCCUGGCAAGGUGUGGACACCUCAUCCCCAUGGGCCCCAGCAAGGUGAGCAUCUCACCCCAUCUCACUCUCCCUGCGGGCCCCAGGGGGGUGUGGACCCCCGGUCCCGGAGGGCUCGGAUGGAGGGCGAGCGAUGGCCGGUACCUGGUGGUCCCCGCAGGGAGCUGGUGGCACAGCGUGGCGUGGCAGUCAUCGACUGUUCCUGGGCCCGGCUGGAGGAGACGCCGUUCGGAAAGAUGCGCGGAGGCCAGGCCCGCCUGCUCCCCUACCUCGUGGCCGCCAACCCCGUCAACUACGGGCGGCCCUGCAAGCUGUCCUGCGUUGAGGCCUUCGCCGCUACCUUCUCCAUUCUGGGCUUUUCCGACCCAGCCCUGCUGCUGCUGCGGAAGUUCAAAUGGGGGCAGGGCUUCCUGGAGCUGAACGGGGAGCUCCUGGCCCGGUACGCGGCCUGCACAGGCCCCGAAGACGUGGCGCGGGUCGAGGAGGAGUUCCUCACGGCGGCUGUGACGAAGGAGAGCAGCGAGGAGGAGCUGGACCCCUUUGACGUGGACUCAGGCAGAGAAUUCAUCAACCCCAACAGGCCCGUUGCAGCUGCCAGGUUGGCCACAACCAGCAGUGAAGAGGAAUCAGAGGAGGAGGAUGAAGAGAGCAAGGAGGAUGAAGAGGAUGAAGAGAGCAAGGAGGAUGAAGAGGAUGAAGAGAGCGAGGAAGACGAAGAGGAGGACAAAGAUGGGGAGGAGGAGGAGGACGCAGUAGCGGAGAAACGGACAGACUCAGCCUUAGGCCCUGGCCUGGCGGCGGAGAAAGAAUCGGAAACUGGCAAUCGAGACUGAAGGACUUUGGCAAUGGGGGAACCUCGGGCGGGAACUGCCGAGGCCACUCUUGAACUUGGGUCUGUCCGGCGGCGGGCCCGAGAUGAAGCCGGUGCCAGGGAGGAGCCCGCGAGCCCAUCCCGGAACCGUUCCAGGGGAGGAGAGCUCCAUAAACAGACUUUGCGGGGAUUGGCCGUGGCUGCCCCCUUGCCCGCCAACUUCCUGUGGGGCUUUCUUGCCCCCCAACUGAGCAAAAUAAAUCCUGGCCCGGCUUCCCCCGUC